CGAGCCCGGCGCUCCCGCCGAGCCCGCCCGGCCCGAACCUUCCGGCGACGCGGGAGGAGGAGCCGCCGGGGGAGGUGACCGGGACCGGGGUGGGGUGAGCCCGGAAAGGGCACCGGGACCGGGGUGCGGUGAGCCCGGCAAGGUGACCGGCACCAUGCUCCGGCUCGGCUCGGCCGCGCUCAGGGCUCUGCUGAGAGCGCUCCGGGGCCGGGCCCCCUUCUCCUCCCGCUCCGCGACCCCCCCGCAGCCCGCGAUCGCCGCCAAGGAGCCCUUCCCGGUGGAGCUGAAGGCGGGCAAGAAGUACGCGUGGUGCUCGUGCGGGCACAGCAAGCGCCAGCCCUUCUGUGACGGCUCCCACGGGAAGGCGGCCCCGGGGAUGUCCCCGCUGCGCUUCACCCCCCAGGAGGACGGGCCCGCCCGGCUCUGCGGCUGCAAACGCACCCAGAACCCCCCGUACUGCGACGGCACCCACAACGGGGAGGAGGUGCAGGGGGCCCCCCCGACCCCCCGGCCCUGACGUGGAGCCCACGGGAGCUCGGGAACACCGGGAUGCACUCGGGACCACCGGGAUGUGUGUCCCACUCGUGGGCACGGAGGGAGGGGGGAGAUGCUGAGCCCCCACCCCGAUUAAAUCUGAAUUACUGAGGAGCUGCAGCGAAGCAGCAGCAGCUGGGAAAGAAGGAAUCCUGUGGACAGUGGGGUUUUUCAGGAGCGGUUUUGCGCUGCCAGAGCUGUGGGUGCCCGUCAGGAUGCGGGAUGGAGGGGCCUGUGGGGUUUGGGGUGGAGGGGCCUGUGGGGUUUGGGAUGGAGGGACCUGUGGGGUUUGGGAUGGAGGGACCCAUGGGAUUUCUUAUGGAGGGACCUGUGUGAUUUGGGAUGGUCAGACCCAUGGGGUUUGGGAUGGAAGGACCCACAGGAUUUGGGAUGGAGGGACCUGUGUGAUUUGGGAUGGUCAGACCCGUGGGGUUUGGGAUGGAGGGACCCACAGAAUUUGGGAUGGAGGGACACAUGGGAUGCAGGACAGAGGGACUUUUGGGAUUGGGGAUGGAGGGACCUGUGGAAUUUGGGAUGGAGUGGCUUGUGGGAUGCAGGACAAAGAAACCUGUGUGAUUUGGGACAGAGGGACCUGCAGGAUGCAGGGCAGAGGGACCUGUGGGAUUUGGGACAGAGAGACCUGUGGGAUUUGGGACGGAAGGACCGGUGGGAUUUGGGACGGAGGCACCAGGAGCUGCCCCUGUGCAGGCGGGAAGGACAGUCUGCAGCAUUUAUUACAUUUACAAAGCUGUAUCCAUACAAAUGUGUAACCAAGAACAAUACCUGGACACCGGGCUAUCUUACAGGACAUUAAAACGCCGUACAGGAUGCAAACACACAGAGCCAUCGGGUUUGUACCACAGAGGGAAAACCAAGACCAGACCACCCCCUCCCCAGCCCCACACGAACCCCAGCCCGAGGCAGCCGCCUCCCACAGUCCAGCCUGGCCUAUUUACAAGGAGAAAAGGGGGGUCAAAGUCGAGACAAACAGAGCCCCCCCAAAACCUGGAGCCCCCCGGCCCAGCCCCAGCCCAGGGAAGGGGACAAGAGACAAAAGUGGCCCCGUGGGGACCCUUCCCGGGGCCUCCCCAGCGCCUGGGGCUGUGCUAUAGCCGAGUCCGUGCUGGGGGUGCAGCACUUCCCAAAAACAAUAGUCCCAAAUCAAGAGCUACAGUAACAACAUCCCGUGUUUUCCCGAGCCUGGGAGUCGGGGCUGUCCCUACAAUUCCACCUUCCUUUGGUUCUCACCGUGCCCUGGGGGCCGUCGGGCGCUGCAGGCACUUGCUAUAAUUGUUUUGUGUCCUUCAUCCCCCUCCCCAGCAAGGACAGGAGAGGAACCCUUGGGAUCUGCAUCCCCCGGGGCUCGUGUGCUUUUUUUCUGUCCGUGUGGGAAGUUGGUCCCUCCCCUCGGGGCCGCUCCACUCCCGCCCUAAGCACGGCAGGACCUUCCCACACUCGCCCCUCACCGAAGCCUCCUGGCUAAAGGCACUGUAGUCUGCUUUUUUGUAUUUUAUUUUAUUAAAAACCCAGUGUGAGGGCAGGAGGAGAGGGUGGGAAGGACGGUGGGGAGGGGGGGAGACCAAAAAAUAAACGCUUUGAAAUGAGUGCCCUGGGGGGUCCCCACACCCUCCUGGAUUUGAAACCCCCAACCAUUUGGAUGCCCCCAAAUUUCCUGGAGCUGUUGGCACCCCCAGGGAGGAGAAAAUAUCCCCAAAGGGUUGUCCUCCAACCCCCAGUGCCAGCAAGCUGCAAGCAGAGAUAAUUUUUAAGCUGGGAAAUAAAACCCCAAAGAGAGAACUUACUGUGCAAGGAGGGGAAGUGUCUGUGCGAGGCUUUGCCUGCCCAGAGCCUGAAACACAGGGGGACUGUGUGUCCAGAGAACACAGGGGAAGCAAAGAAAGACCCAAACUCAUGCGUGGCAAAGCUGGGGGUGGUGGGACACCUGGACCAGGGGGCAGCUGCGGGCACCAGGUGCGCCUGAAAACCCCCAAGUAAACACAAAAAUGCAAAAAAAUCCCCAAAAAA